AUGGAACCCAUUUCUUUACUAGUAACGACCCUUUCCUGUACAUUACUCAUUUGCAAUCUUGUUGGGAAUGUUCUCGUGAUGUUAGUUAUUUGUAAAAACAAGAAGCAAAGCGUGAGUGCCAAUGCCUUUCUUCUUUCAAGCCUCGCCUGCUCAGAUUUGGAGCUAGCUAUCGUGAUUUUCUUCUACACAAUUUUCCUUACUUACAGGGUGACAGAGGGAAAUUUUCCGGAUUUUAUUUUCCACGCUUUGAUUUCUGUCUACACGUUAGUUGCAUUGGCCGUGGAAAGGUAUUAUGCUAUUUUGAAGCCCUUCGUUCACUUGACACGAAUGGUGAAAUCUCUUGCGAAGAAAGUUGUUUUUGCUGUUUGGAUCUUUGCUGCAAUUAUGAGCACCCCAGGAUAUGUGUUUGAGACACGUCUCGGUGUUAACAAGGGACAGAACGUCACCACAUUCAAUGAAACAAGAGAGGCAGCGACUUGGUUCGAAACCCUUAGCACGGUUUAUGCAUCUCUUGUCCUCUUAUUCGGCCUUAUUCUACCGGCUACCAUCAUGAUUUUCUGUUAUUCACGUGUUAUUUAUCGUGUGUGGUUCAACACGGAUGCCACCAAACUUACAAAUACUGCUUUAUUAUUAUCACGACGCAAAUUAACAAAACUUUUCAUCAUAGUAACUGUGGUUUUCAUCAUAACUUGGACUCCGACUUUUGUCAGGAAUAUCGUAACAUCAUAUAUCGACUUGAAAUCAGCCUGGAUGUACGACUUAUCUACCAUGUUCCUUGGAUUAUUAGGUUCCUCUGCGAAUCCUGUAAUUUACUCUUUUCGUUGUCCUAAAUUCCGCCAAGAAGUUACCAAAAUUCUAGCUUGCCGUUUCUGUAAAAGGAAUCGUCAACCAAACGUUGCCUUUUUGCGUGCGACAAACAGAUAUUCUCAAACGCACAUGAGACGGAAAAUGACAACGCGCCCGACAACGCUAACUGUCGAACCAGUUUCAGUUAUAACGAUCAACUAG